GCCGUUGAGUUCAGUCCCGAGCCAGAGGAGGGACGGAGUCCACGAACGGCUCAACUUUUAAUGUAUGCGGGCCGAGAGGAACCACCGUGUUGUCUCGGACUAUUUCUUUUGUAGCUUUUAAAUGCAUCCUCCGCGUUGAUUUGGCUUCACCGCCGCUCGCUGUUGUCUGUGUUGUUCAAGAGCUGAUCGGUUUUUGUCCUGAAAAGAGGAAAGAAAGAAAGAAAGCUGCUGUCUCUUUUUAUUUGUCCGUGUGAGUCCAACACAGUAAGGAGAUCAGCGAAGCAAUUUGAGUGACUGACUGCAUGGAUCAGACUUAACAUGAAGAGCCUUAAAGCCAAGUUUAGGAAAACUGAUGUAAACGAGUGGAGCAAAAACGACGAGCGCCUGCUUGCUGCUGUGGAGCAUGGCGAGGUGGACAAAGUUGUGUCCCUUCUCACUAAGAAAGGUGCCAAUGCUGCGAAGCUGGAUGGCGAGGGGAAAUCAGCACUUCAUGUAGCAGCUGCUCGUGGCCUAACAGAAUGCCUCGCCGUGAUGUUGGCUCAUGGAGCUGACCUCUCAGUUACAGAUGCUGCUGGCUUUACUCCCUUACACCUGGCUGCCAAAAACAAUCACCUGGAAUGUUGCAGGAGGCUUAUUCAGAGUAAAUGUCCUGUUGAUCCAGCGGACAGCUCAGGAAGAACUGCUCUGCAUCAUGCUGCUGCUGGUGGGAACGUCCAGAUUGUUCAGCUGCUGUGUGAACUCAAAACCCCCAUCAACCAAAAAGAUAUAGAUGGCCUCACUCCCUUGAUGCUGUCAGCCAAACACAGUCAUCCUGAGGUGUGCAGCACUCUGAUAGACUGUGGUGCUGAAAUCAACACUCCUGACAACUGUGGCAGGACUGCUUUGAUGCUUGCAGCUGAAUCCAACGCAGUAGCUGCGGUAGAGGUUUUAGCUCAGAAAGGAGCAGACCUGUCCGUUGUAGAUUCAGAGGGCCAUGAUGUUGUACACUAUACCAAGAUGUUGGGCAGCUCUGAAGCCCAGACUGCCCUCUUGGCUGCUCUGAACAGACAUCCACUUUUGGAUUCCAAGUCUCCAAGAAGUCCUCAGCAUGAUCAGGUAGCUAAGCUAAGUGAUGAGCGGAUCACAACUCCCAAAAAACGAAAAGCACCUCCACCUCCUAAUAGUCCACUGCAGCAUUCUGGACCCUCCUCUCCUUCUGUUGUUACGCCUACCAGCACUCCUGCUUCCAACAAAGGUGACACUCCAAAGAGAUUUAACUAUAAGGAGGACGAGUUUACAGGAUUUCCACUGAAAGAGGUUGAGAAGCUCCAUGAAGAGAGAAACAUGUUGCUGGAGACAAUCAAAGACCUGAAGCAGACAGUGGAGACGGUGACCGUUCCUCAACUGGAGGUCGAGCACACAGCGUCUGCAGCUCUGGUUUCUGCUCUGCAAGCCAGGAUUACUGCUCUUACUUUGGAAAACCAGGAGCUUGCAAACAAACUGAAGAGACUUCCGUCACUACCAGGAAAUGAGCUAAAGGAGAACAGUCGUCCGAACAGCAUGGCCUCCAACUCCUCCUUCCAUUCCACACAGGACGAGUUUCAUUCACCGGCACAAGUAGCCUCUACAACCCAGGUGGAAGAGGGAGAGCAUCCCGUCAAACUACAGGAAGAGGGGGGUGAAGGCGGGAGCAAGGAGGAAAUUGGGAUUUUGAAACAAGCACUUGAAAGCCUUCAAAUAAAGCUGAUUGAAACCAAGAAAGAAUACUGCUUGCUUCAGGCUCAGCUGAACUCUGACAGACAGAGACAAAGAGAUGAGGAUGGAAGCGUUCGAGAGAAAAUAAGGGAGGAAGAGUUGAUGGAAAGUUUAGCAGAGCUGCAGGCAAAACUGACAGACACUCAAGAGAGAUACCAUCAAGCUAUGGAGGAAGUGGAGGAUCUGAAAGCACAGAUGGGAAGGGGAGAAGAAGGGUUCACAGAGAAACUGGAGGUGGAGAAACUGGAACAUGAGAUAAAACAACUGAAGGUGCGGCUCGUCCAGUUGGAGUCAGAAAAAGACGAAACGGCUCAGCGAAUCAGACUGAUGGAAGAAGCGCUGCAGAGGACAGAGGAGGAGAGGAGGACAGCAAAGGAAAAAGAACAGAGGUCGGCGCAGAUCGAAGAGCUUUACAAGGAGGCACAAGAGGAAGUCAGAAUGCUCCAGGAGGCCCUGAAGGGAACGGUCCCCGUUGAAGCCGCAGCCAAAGACUUUGAGGAGAUGAAGUCUGAUUUAAAUGAGGUCAUUGCUGGGCAGCAACAGCGCCUGCUGGAGCUGUCACACUCCUACAGUGAAACCAAAAGCCAGCUGAUUGCCGCUCAGAAAGAACUGGCCGAAGCCCAUGCUGAGAAACCCUCAGCCUCAGCCGUCUCUUCAGAGCAACAAGUCCAGAUGCUGAGCAGUAAAGUGGAGGAGCUGCAGACAUUGCUCGCUGAGACUGAGGGGAAGCUUUCUGCUGCUCAAGAGGACAUCACACGCCUGAGGCAGGAGGCCGAGGCUCAGACACAGAGCUCUGUGACCCUUACCGACCACACACAGGUUGUGUCAUCUCUGGGAAAUGCCAUCAAGGAGCUGGAAAGUGACUUGGAAACCCUCAGAGAACAGCUGCAUCAAAAGACAACACAAGUGGAGGCUUUUCAAAAGAGGUUGAAUGCAGAGCAAGACGUUACCUCGGAGGAUGCAGUGCCCCGUCUGGAUCAUGAGGCCAUGCGAGAGCAGCUGGAGGGUGAGGUGAACCAUCUGACACAGCUCCUUCAGGCAGCCUUAAGGAAGCAGGAUGAGAUGGCUCUGGAGGCAGCGGAUGCGUGGCAGAAGGCACGAGAUAAUCGUGCAGAGCGGGAAGCUCUGCAGGAGCUCUUGAUGUCACGGGAGAAGGAGAACCAGACUCUGACCUCCAAACUUGCUGAGGCACAAGAUGCUGUGUGUCAACUCAAGCAGCUGGUAGAAAAUCACGUGGCAUCAGAAAGAGAAAAGAACAAGAGGAUAGAUGACUUGUCUCGUGAAGUAGGCAAACUAAAGGAAGCCCUGAACAGCCUAUCACAGCUCUCCUACACUUCCUGCUCCCCGUCCAAGAGGCAACAGCAAAACCAGCAGAUGGAGACGCUUCAGCAGCAGCUAAAGCAACUUCAAUACCAGCUAGCUGAAUCAAAGAAACAGCAUGAUGAAAUAGUGUCAGUCUACAGGAUGCAUCUUCUCUAUGCGGUUCAGGGUCAGAUGGACGAGGAUGUUCAGAAAGCUUUGAAGCAGAUACUGAAGAUGUGCAAGGUGCCAAGUCAAGCCAAGGAGGCCUGCUAAGAGUCAUCUGGGAGUCUCCACAAAAGCACAUUUAUUUUUAGAUUGAACACACAUUGUGCCUGUGUAUAAGCCCAGAGUAUUUGCUUAUAAGGAGUUGGUUUACAAGCAUGUGUCUAUUGCCUUUGCUAAGGUCAUUUUGAACCUCUAAAACCCUCUGCUCUACAUACAUGAAAGUAUUUUCUGUUAAUGGAUGACUCGCCUGGGACUUGCAUCAGAAGCCACAUGUGAAAGGAAUUCAGCCAGGUGUUAGUCUGUAAAGCAAUUCAGUGUAAAGAAUAGGCAUCAGUUGCAAAAAUAAAAUAUUCAACUAUUUUUUCCUGUGUUAAUCUUGCAGUUGUAGCAAGCGUUGAUGUCCUUUAAAAUGUAUUCAGCCAGGUUCCCGCAUUGAGAAAUAUUUCUUUUGAAUGCAGAACAGUUCAAAGCAGGCGCAAAUAGCAGCAUUAAGGUUGUAAACACAGAUGUGGAAGAAACACUGUGUAAAAUUGCUGUGUACAAACUGAUCUUCAAACCUGCCAAAUAAAAGCAUGAAUAAGGUUUUCCAACAAUAACAAUAGACACAGAAAGGGUCUGGUUGUCCUAAAACCAUCAAUUUGGGCAUUUUAAAUGUGUCUUAACUGUGACACAAUCACAAUGCAGUGUAGAAUCAGCCUCACUGACAUUUUUUACUGUCGAUAGUCCCAAUUUUUUAUAAAAUAGAUUUUAAGUCGCUCAUGUCUGUCCAAAUUGCAGAAUUGACAUUAUUAGGCCAUCUGAACAAUUAAUGGAGCUAUACUGAAAAGAGUGAAAAUGAAAGCUUUCUUUCAGUACUUUCCUACAGAAAAAUCUGAAUUCUUCCCAAAAUAGUGACAAAAAAAAAAUACUUCCCAAGUUACUGUGCUGUAACUGUAUGAGGGUUGUACUUAUGAGUUUUUCAUGUGACAGAAGAUUUUAUUUGUAACAAAGCACUAUUUGUUGUAGUUGUUUCUAAGCUGUAGAUCUUCCUUUUGUCAUCCAUCUAAUAGACUUUAACUGUUGUAGAAAAGAAAAACAUUUCACUUGUGACAAAUGCGUAACUGUGCAUUUGAUAUUUAUAUGUUUUUAUCUCGGUUUAGUUUCCAUACUGUUUUGUCUUGUUUGCAGACUGUUUUUUUUUUACUUGAAAAGCAUUGAAAGCAUGUUGGCUGGAAAUGAUUGGCUGAGUUCUGCCAUGUGCCUGUAAAUCAUCAGACUUCUUUUUAACAUCUCGAUUAUUUAUUUACAUUUACCCAAUUGUAUUUUGUAGUUCCCUUGUUUGAUCCAACGUUCGUCUGUAGGUACACAUUAAAUUCACUGUUUUCAUUCUGCACUCCUUUGCCUUAGCACUGAUCUUAGGGAGGCCACAUUUCUACUGAAAAGCGUUUUGUCUGUUCAGUGUCCAAUCAACACUAAAAUGAUUUUGUUUGGGUGAGUCUCUCAGGUAACCUUUUACACCUGACUGAGAUGUUUGACAGAUCUCAUAUCUGAGAUUGUAGGAGACAAACUUCUUCGCUUUAUGCCUCGGCUCACGUUUUGUACCAGGAAAGGGAAAUCCGAGAAACUUUGUUGUUUGGUUUACUAACGGUUUUGUAGUGACAAGAAAAAAUUGUUUACCAUCCACUUUAUUAAAUUUUAAAGAUACGCC